UUUGAAUCCAUUCUGACUGCUUCUGAAUAAAUUGGUCGAGCUUGGAUUGAUUGAUUAAUUGAUCGUCGCUCUUAUUUUGAAGGCUGCAUCAACCCGUUUCCGGAAGCUGUUAGCUAGCUUCAGCUAACGACAGGCUAAUGCAAAAAACGGCUCGGCUCGCAGCGUUGACAAGCGUUACUAGACGUCAACAGAAACAUAUAUUUUUAACCUAUGAAAACGUUUUUACUCAACGCUUCAAACAGUGGGAAGACACCUAAUUUGACCUGUUUCUCCCGUUGCUCCCCUGAGGGGUAAACUCUGGGCGUCAGGUGGAGAUGGAUGCUGACUCCUCUGUAUAGCCUCUGAAUUUGUUGGACCUGUUGCCAGGUGACCGGUGGACCUCACCACUCAACAUGAAGCCUGUCAGCUACCAAAGCAUGCCAUCAUCUGUGAGCGGUGGACAUCCAAACUUUACCCUGGAUCGUGUGUUAAGCACGUCCAACGUGAUGUGUUGUGAGAAAUGUGGAUUUGCUUCCACAGACUCUGUAGCGUUCAAGAAGCACAUGAUUGAGCACAUUGGGACAAGGUUUUACUGCUUUUAUUGCAACAACGUCUCAUUCAGUGAGGCUGAGUUGAGCGCUCACCUGAAGCAACACACUGCAAAGUAUCAAUUUAAUUGUCCUCACUGUGGACAGGUCUACAUGAGGAGGGUCUGCCUGGUCAAGCACAUUGAGCGUCUGCACAGUAAAAACAUUACUCAAGGAGCCGCUAAGCCUGGCAUGACAAAAUCUCCACAUGUCCCUGUCUCCAGUGCCUUACCAAGUGUGCCGACUGCUGAUCCAUCGACGCUCAUACCACUUGUACGAGUGACAGUACCAACUCCCAGCACACCUGCAUACAGACAUGGAAAAGAUGAACACAAAGGCAAAACACUGGACACAAAUGUAUCAAUUGCCACUAACGGCAAUGCAGAACUGUUACCACCUCUGAAUGGACUCAUUCAGCACAACAGAGCUUUAACUGUAUCACUUCCAGAGGAAGUAACAAUCCCUGCUGGCUGCUUGGUUGAACUUGUUGAGGUGAAAACUGUUAAUGGGACAAAGGAGCUAAAGCUGAGGCUCGUCUCUCAACAAGAAAACGAGUCUGUGAUAAAAGACGGAAGGACAGCCGUCUCUCAAAACACUGCACUGGGAAAACCGUUAUCAUCUGCAUUAAAUCAUCCAAAAACAGUAAAGUCUACAAGUAUGGGGACGUGCACAGUAAAUAGGAAACAGUUUGAAACAAAGGCUGUGAAUGUGGAGCGUCCCACUGUUGUCCCAGUCAGUAUUUCUAAAAGCCUUUCAAAUCAAGUAAGCAAAGAAAAAUGUGGAUUGAAAAGAACAUCUCAAGAAGUUAUCAACCUGGAAUGCCACACGGUUAUCCCAAACAAAGUUUCCAAAAGCAUCCUCAAUCCUGUGAGAGAAAGAAAUAGUGGGAUCAUCAUCACACAGAGAGAACAUGUAAACCACAAUGCUGCACAUCCCACUGUCAUCUGCAGCAGGGUCGGCAACAAUCUGACAAGCAACCUGCAUCCAGAAAACAUGGGAGCACACGUGUCUCAGAGAGCAGUGGACGAGAGGAAAAGACUUAUUCCAGAGCAUUCCAAGAUUAUUCCUCCCAGAAAGCCAUGUGACAUAAAAAGCACUCCUCGAGACGUGUCUGUGGCGGUUAAACUGGAACCUGGGGACGCACACCUUAAAAGCAACACUCCAAAAAUAAAGAAUGAGGCGGUGGGCGUGAAGCACCAAAGUUUGAAAUCAACUUCUCCUUCUUUGAGUGUCCCCUUAGCUGCAACUGCUCAAGUGAGACCUUCAGCCAUCUCUGUGUGCAAAGAUAACCUCUCCCCAAAUCCAACUUUUCCCACAUCUGGCGCAGCACGGAGGACUCUAAAUGAGCCCCUGUCAGUCAAAACACCUGUGGUUUGUAAUCGCACAAAUUCAAAAAUUUCAUCUUGGACUCAGGAAGUCAGAUCCAACGAGAGGGCAGUUGAAGGAGACAUCCCAGAACCAGAGGGGUUUCCUGUCAUCUCCUCUGUGUUUUCGUUGAGUCAACAACCAGAAUACGUCCAAGGCUCCAUGCAGCCGCUGGUAAUGGCUCUGCGUGGCAUAGUGAUGAAUAAAAGUAACAACAGUACCUCUCGGCAUCAAAUCAAGAUAACAAACGUCAGCACGGAGCAGGUGAAGGAGACACCGACGUCAGGCACGCAGGUGGCCAAAAAAAAUGGAUCCUUGAUCCAUGACUUACUGACACAGAAGAUCGGUCAGACGGUGAAAUUAGAAGAACCCGACAAAGGUAUUCAACACCCUGCCCCACUGACCCACAACAAUCCUCCAGUCAAAGAAGAAGAAAAAAACACUGCGUCGACAAACAAAGAUACACGCCGUCACAUUCCUGACUUAAAAUUGUCAACAGACGAGGGACCAGUUUCUAAAAUUGCCACACCUGUAGAUUUGUCUGUGACUGCAGACCCUCUACAGCAAAUACCCGUUAUGGAAAAAAAGGAGCAUGACAUUUCUUCAAAAUUUCUGACUGUCUCUUUGAAAAGGGUUCAAGUAGGUGUGUGGAAGAAAAGCAGGAAAGGACUGAAACUUAGAAUAUCAAAAUAUAAGACUCAGAUACCCAUGAGCCGUCUGACUGACUGUACAGUUAUUCACCCGAUGCCGCUGAAGGUGGACCAACUGGUGAAACGACCAGGCCCAAACCAGCCCGUGGUGGUGCUCAAUCACCCAAAGCCCCGGGCCCCCAUACAGGGACCAAGUACAGACACUGUUGCUGAGUCAGGAGCCUCUGAGGCAGUUCCAAAGUGCCAAAUCUUAAAAAUGAGGCUGAGCAAAGUGGUGGGGCAGAAAUAUGAGGUGAUGGGGUGCACUGUAGGGGUUUUUCCAUAAAUUUCAUUGGACACAAAUGUAAAUUUAUGAUGAAGUAACAAGUAUUAUGGUGGAAAGACGCCGACUUAAAAAAAAGAAUGGAAAAAAAAAAGACAAAUUACUAAGGCAAUUUUAUUUAUGGGAGCAGAAGAUGCAUAUGGACAUCAGAACGUCAUCGAACGUUGUUAUAUGUUGUCUAAAUAUGCAUGGGAUAUGGCAUAUUCAAGUGCAAUGUAGUUUGACUACUUUGAGUCAUAGAACACAACUGCUGUAGUAGGUUGCAGUCAUUAAUACACAGAUGUUAAGUGCUGUUUAAGAAGUUCUGGAAACAGUAGGUCUG